AAUGGAUUCAUCAAGAAUCACUCUCCGUCCAUACAGAUCAACGGACGUUGAUGAUCUACUCUCAUGGGCAUCUGAUGAUCGCGUAACCCGUUCCAUCCAUUUCAGCACGUUGACUUCCAAAGAUGAAGCCUUCACCUUCAUCGACAAAUCUUCCAUUCCUUGGCGUCGAUCCAUAUGCAUUGACGAUCGUUCAGUCGGAAUCGUGGUGGCCAGGCCCGGAUCUGGUGAUGACAGGUGUCGGGCCGAGGUAGGAUAUGCUUUAGCAGUUGAGUAUUGGGGACAGGGGAUUACACCGAAGGCUGUAAAGAUGUCAAUUCCUUUAAUUUUGGAGGAGUUUCCUGAAAUAGUAAGACUGCAGGCAUUAACUGAUGCUGAGAAUAAAGCAUCACAUAGAGUGUUAGAGAAGGCUGGGUUUAUAAAAGAGGGUAUGUUUAGAAAGUAUUUUUACUUUAAAGGUGAAAUUAAGGAUGUUGUACUUUUUAGUUUUCUUUCCACUAAUUCUAUACCUUCAUGACAUUUACAAUUUGU